GUUUACGUCGCCGUGACUGGGAAGACAUUCUGCUCCUCAGCUCACGCAUCCUUCGUCUUCUUCGCCAAGUACCCAGUUCAAACGGCCAUGGACAAGAUGGCAUCAGCUGCCCUCGGAUACUUGCUCUGCGUCACAGUACCGCUUGGCCUAGCAGUGGUAGCUUUCCCUUGGCUUUCACAGGAUUGGCCACCCUGCGCUGCGGUGAUCAUUGCCCUCGCUUACGUGACUACUCGGCUGGCAGCUGGAAUCUACGACGUGUGCAUCACCACGUUGUUCGUGUGCGUAAUGCGCGACUCGGCUGCUGUUUGGGAACUUCUUAAAGUAAGUAUAAAGGGGGAACAAUACCCAUUCAGGUAA